UUUUUCUGUUGGACUUUGUUGGUCAAGACAACACAUUUACUCUAUUAAACUUAGAAAAUAGCCACUAUUGUUUUUAAACCUAACUUCAAGGGAAACUGUGCCCGUUGUCACGGAGUUGCAUAAAUUUGAUUGGGAGUGCAUGUGUACUGGAUCAGGCCACAGUGGAGUGAUUUUGUAACCGGUGAAAAAGUAUUUGCUGGUAGCUUUGUAAGGUAGAAAACAGGCGCCAAUAUGGGGAAAGGAGGUCGGAAGCAGCUGGGUAGCUUUUCCUGUCAGGAAGUGGCCAAACAUGACAAGCGAGAUGACCGAUGGAUCAUCAUCAAUAAUGAAGUCUAUAACAUCACAGAUUGGUCCAGGCGCCACCCCGGGGGCUCCAAGGUCAUCGGGCAUUAUGCGGGACAAGACGCCACCGACGCUUUUCGGGCUUUCCACAAUGAUUUAGAUCAAGUACAGAAGUAUUUGCUACCUCUCCACAUCGGAAGUGUUCAAAAGGGGGAGGUGAACAAAAACUACUCCCUGGAGAAAGAUUUCAGAGAGCUACGACAAACCGCUGAAAAAAUGGUAAUUUAA